AUAAAAUGUUGUCAGAUUUAAUAACAUCUCUUUCAUCUAAUCCAUAUUUUGGUGCUGGUGCUGGUCUAAUUGGUAUAGGUACAGUAUUAGCUGUACUUCGUCGUUCAUCUCAAUAUGGUUUAAUAUUUUUUCGUCGUCAAUUUAUGAUAACUCUUGAAGUACCUAAUAAUGAUAUAAGUUAUACAUGGUUAUUAAAAUGGAUAUCACAUCAAUUACGUGAUUCAAGUCGUCAUUUAAGUGCUCGUACAACAUUAAUAAAAAAUGAUGAUCCAGCAUCACGUAUUCAAGCAUCAUAUACAUUUGUUCCAUCAGUUGGUAUACAUUAUUUUCGUUAUAAAGGAAAAUUUAUUAAAGUUGAACGUACACGUGAACAAAUGAUUAAUUCAGGUGUACCAUUUGAAUCUGUACAAUUAACUGCAUUUGGACAAGAUCGACAAAUUUAUAUUGAUAUGUUAGAAAAAGCUCGUGAUGCUGCAUUAUUAGCUAAUGAAGGCAAAACACUUGUUUAUGUUCCAACGAUUAUACUCGAUAAAGGAAUUCUUGAAGGUUUAAUAAAUGAUGUGGAACAUUUCCUUUCAAAUCCAUCAUGGUAUAUUGAUCGUGGUAUACCUUAUCGACGUGGUUAUCUUCUGUUUGGACCUCCUGGUUCAGGAAAAACAUCCGCUAUUAUGGCUCUUGCAGGACAUUUUGAUUUAAGUAUUAGUACACUUAAUUUAAGUCAAGGUACAAUGACUGAUGAUCGUCUUCAACAAUUAUUAAGUAAUGUACCUGAAGAAAGUAUUAUUUUAUUAGAAGAUAUUGAUGCAGCAACAAUUGGCAGACAUUAUGAAAAAGAAGAUGCUAUACGAUAUCAAGGUAUGAAACCAUUAACAUUAAGUGGAUUAUUAAAUGCACUUGAUGGAGUUAUUUCAACUGAAGGUAGAAUUAUUUUUAUGACAACUAAUUUUAUUGAACGUCUUGAUCCAGCAUUGAUUCGUCCUGGACGAGUUGAUAAUAAACAAUACAUAGGUCCUUUAACAUCUCAUCAAGUUGAACGUAUGCUUAUUCGUUUCUAUCCUCAAUCAACUCGUAAUGAAAUUGAUGAAUUUUUAAAUAAAAUAGAACGUUUAACAGAUAAUUAUUCACAACAAUUAAGUGCAGCACAAUUACAAGGAUUUUUUAUGUAUUAUAAAGAUUCUAUAAAACAUGUUUUUGAUAAUAUUGAUCAAUUGUAUUGUUUAUAA